UUUGGUUCCUCCCAGCGGUCUCCACCAGGUUGGCCGCGCCCGGCUGUACGCAUGCGCCCAAGCGCUUCUCCGGCCCGUACUCGCCGGACCCGGACUGCGCACGCCCAAAGGGCACCUCCGCGUCCCCCCGCUGCGGCUGCCCUCUGCGCCUGCGCACUCCAGCCGGCAGAUUUUUCCUUUUCCGGGUCCCCGCUGGGUUCAUCCGGCGCAUGCGCCACUGCAGGCUGGCGGCUCGCGGCUCCUUCUUCCGGCCUCCCCCUUGGGCCGGCACCGGCAGCGGCGAGGCGGGCACGGAGCCCCGAGCGGGUGACCUGCGACCCCGGAAGUGGACCUCAGGAUCCCGGGGCUUUCCCCUGUCCGAAACCAAGGGACCGGCCGCCUGCACUCCGGGAGCGCCCGCCCCACGCCCACAUCUGGAUGCCGCCAACGGGUGCCCGGCCCGUGCCCGGCGCCUGCCUGCCGACUCGGCCCCUCGGAGUGGUUCUGGGCCAGGGGCGGAGGCCCGGACCCCGCCCCUGAUGCGGCCCCACCCCUGCGCCCGGUCCUUGUCCCCUUGACGGCCCCGCCCCCUGCCCGCACCCUCGGCCCGCCGAUCUCCCCUCCCCCGCUGGGGGAGGCCAUGGCGUGAGCGCGAGGCCGGGCCCCCGGGCCCUCGGGCGCCAGGCGGGGCAUGGGCCGGGGGCCGCCCCCAUGAGGGUCCCGGGCGCGGGGCGCGCGCAGCAGCGGCGGGGCCAUGGGGUCUCAGGUGUUGCAGAUCCUGCGCCAGGGGGUGUGGGCCUCGCUCACCGGCGGCUGGUUCUUCGACCCGCACCAGAGCACCUUCUCCAACUGCUUCCACCUCUAUGUCUGGAUCUUCCUGCUCACUUUUCCCUUCUUGCUGUACAUGGUCCUGCCCCCCAGCCUGAUAGUGGCCGGCGUGUACUGCCUGGUGGUGGCCGUCAUCUUCGCCACCAUCAAGACGGUGAAUUAUCGCCUGCACGCCAUGUUCGACCAGGGCGAGAUUGUGGAGAAGCGCAGCUCGACCGUGGGGGAGCCUGAGGAAGAACCGGCCCAGGGCGACGGCAACCCGCCUCGGUGGGUGGAGCCGAGAGCGUGCUGGGGGCUCCUGGUGCCUGUGCCUGAGCCUGGGGAGUGCCGGCCGCCUGGGGACCCUGGAGUGGAGAUGACGGUGUUUCGGAAAGUGAGUUCCACGCCUCCCGUCCGCUGCAGUUCCCAGCAUUCCGUGUUCGGCUUCAACCAGGUCUCGGAGCUGCUGCCCCGGAUGGAGGAUGCUGGACCCCUCAGAGACAUCAAGGAGCUGGUGCGCGAGCAGGGCAGCAACAAUGUGAUCGUGACCUCGGCCGACAGAGCGAUGCUGCAGCUGAGCUCCCAGGAGAGACUGCUUGGAGACCUUCCGCAGACACCCCCGGGCGCUGUCCCAGAGCCCUCGCUCCCCAGCACGGACUCUUCGGAGCGGUCCCCCCUGGCUGGAGAUGGAGGCCCCUGGGGCGGGAGCAGCGUGGCCGACACCCCCAUGAGCCCCCUGCUGAAAGGGAGCCUCAGCCAGGAGCUAAGCAAGAGCUUCCUGACCCUGACGCGGCCCGACCGGGCCUUGGUGAGGACCAGCAGCCGCCGGGAGCAGCGCCGGGGGGCCAGCGGCUACCAGCCCCUGGAGCGGCGCGGCUCCGGCGAGCCCACGCCGCAGAAAGCCGGCUCCUCGGACUCCUGCUUUAGCGGCACUGACCGGGAGACCCUGAGCAGCUUCAAGAGCGAGAAGACCAACUCCACCCACCUGGACAGCCCGCCCGGUGGGCAGGCCCCCGAGGGCAGCGACACGGACCCGCCCUCCGAGGCCGAGCUGCCGGCGUCACCGGACGCAGGGGUCCCCUCGGAUGACACGCUGCGCUCCUUCGACACGGUCAUUGGAACAGGGACGCCGCCGGGACCUGCUGAGCCGCUCUUGGUGGUGCGGCCCAAGGACUUGGCCCUGCUGCGGCCCAGCACGCGGCGGCCCCCGCUGCGAAGACACUCCCCGCCUGGCCGAGCCCCGCGCCGGCCCCUGCUCGAGGCUGGGAGCUUCUUUGAGGACGAAGACACCAGCGAGGGCAGUGAGCUGAGCCCGGCUUCCAGUCUGCGGUCACAGCGCCGCUACAGCACCGGCAGCUCCUCGUCUACCUCCUGCUAUUCCCCCGAGAGCUCCCGGGGUGCAGCGGGGGGGCCCCGCAAGCGGCGGGCCCCUCCCGGGGCUGAGGAAGGGACCGCAGUGCCCCCCAAACGGCCCUAUGGGACCCAGCGGACGCCCAGCACCGCCAGCGCCAAAACACACGCCCGCGUGCUGAGCAUGGAUGGCGCGGGGGGUGAUGUGCUCAGGGCGCCCCUGGCUGGCUCCAAGGCUGAGCUGGAGUCUCAGGCAGGGGUGGAGCUGGCUGCCGGAGAGCCCGCCGUGCUGCCUGCCGAGGCCCGCAGGGGACCUGCUGCCAACCAGCCGGGCUGGCGAGGGGAACUGCAGGAGGAAGGUGCAGUGGGCGGAGCCCAGGAGAGCGGCCAGCGGGACCCGUCCAGCAGCGUGAGGCGGACCCAGGCCAUCCGGAGGCGUCACAACGCAGGCAGCAACCCCACGCCCCCGGCCUCCGUCAUGGGCUCGCCCCCCAGCAGCCUGCAGGAGGCUCAGCGGGGCCGGGCCGCCUCGCACUCGCGGGCGCUGACGCUGCCCUCGGCGCUGCACCUGGCCUCCUCGCUGCUGCUCCCCCGCGCCGGCGCCACCGUGCACGAGGCCUGCACCUUCGACGACACCUCCGAGGGCGCCGUGCACUACUUCUACGACGAGAGCGGUGUGCGGCGUUCUUACACCUUUGGCCUGGCCGGAGGCGGCUAUGAGAACCCUGUAGGGCAGCAGGGGGAGCAGGCAGCCAACGGAGCCUGGGACCGUCACUCACAUUCCUCCAGCUUCCACUCAGCCGAUGUCCCGGAGGCCGCGGGGGCCCUCAACCUGCUGCAGCCGAGGCCUGUGGUCCUGCAGGGCAUGCAGGUGCGCCGGGUGCCCCUGGAGAUCCCGGAGUUUGACCUGCUGGACCAGGACUCCCUGCACGAAUCCCAGGAGCAGACGCUGAUGGAGGAGGCCGCGCCCCGCGCCCAGCCCAGCUACAAGUACUGGCUUCUCCCCGGCCGCUGGACCUCUGUGCGCUAUGAGCGGCUCGCCCUGCUGGCCCUGCUGGACCGGACGCGGGGGGUGAUGGAGAACGUCUUUGGCGUGGGCCUGAGCAGCCUGGUCGCUUUCCUGGGCUACCUGCUGCUGCUCAAGGGCUUCUUCACCGACAUCUGGGUCUUCCAGUUCUGCCUGGUCAUCGCCUCCUGCCAGUACUCCCUGCUGAAGAGCGUCCAGCCCGAUGCGGCAUCUCCCAUGCACGGCCACAACUGGGUGAUCGCGUACAGCCGGCCGGUCUACUUCUGCAUCUGCUGCCUGCUCAUCUGGCUGCUGGACGCCCUGGGCGCGGCCCAGCCCUUCCCGCCCGUGUCCCUGUACGGCCUCACGCUCUUCUCUGCCUCCUUCUUCUUCUGCGCACGCGACGUGGCCACUGUGUUCACCCUGUGCUUCCCGUUCGUUUUCCUCCUGGGCCUCCUGCCCCAGGUCAACACCUGCCUCAUGUACCUGCUGGAGCAGAUAGACAUGCAUGGCUUCGGGGGCACAGCCGCCACGAGCCCCCUCACCGCAGUGUUCAGCCUCACCCGCAGCCUGCUCGCCGCCGCCCUGCUCUACGGCUUCUGCCUCGGGGCCAUCAAGUCCCCGUGGCCGGAGCAGCACGUCCCUGUCCUCUUCUCCGUCUUCUGUGGCCUGCUGGUGGCGCUGUCCUACCACCUGAGCCGGCAGAGCAGCGACCCCACCGUGCUCUGGUCUCUGAUCCGGAGCAAGGUCUUCCCGGAGCUGGAGGAGCGCAGCCUGGAGACAGCCCGAGCCGAGCCCCCGGACCCGCUGCCAGACAAGAUGCGCCAGUCGGUGCGGGAGGUCCUGCACUCCGACCUGGUGAUGUGUGUGCUGAUCGCCGUGCUUACCUUCGCCAUCAGUGCCAGCACCGUCUUCAUCGCGCUGAAGUCAGUGCUGGCUUUCGUGUUGUACGCGCUGGCCGGGGCCGUGGGCUUCUUCACCCACUACCUGCUGCCGCAGCUCCGCAAGCAGCUGCCCUGGUUCUGCCUCUCUCAGCCCGUGCUCAAGCCGCUGGAGUACAGCCAGUACGAAGUGCGUGGUGCCGCCCAGGUGAUGUGGUUCGAGAAGCUGUACGCCGGCCUGCAGUGCGUGGAGAAGUACCUCAUCUACCCUGCCGUGGUGCUGCACGCCCUCACGGUGGACGCCCACACUGUCGUCAGCCACCCAGACAAGUUCUGCCUGCACUGCCGGGCGCUGCUGAUGACCGUGGCUGGGCUGAAGCUGCUGCGCUCGGCCUUCUGCUGCCCGCCCCAGCAGUACCUGACCUUGGCCUUCACUGUGCUGCUCUUCCACUUCGACUACCCACGCCUCUCCCAGGGCUUUCUGCUCGACUACUUCCUCAUGUCCCUGCUGUGCAGCAAGCUCUGGGACCUGCUCUACAAGCUGCGGUUCGUGCUCACCUACAUCGCCCCCUGGCAGAUCACCUGGGGCUCGGCCUUCCACGCCUUCGCCCAGCCCUUUGCUGUGCCACACUCGGCCAUGCUGUUCGUGCAGGCCCUGCUCUCGGGGCUCUUCUCCACGCCGCUCAACCCCCUGCUGGGCAGCGCCGUCUUCAUCAUGUCCUACGCCAGGCCUCUCAAGUUCUGGGAGCGGGACUACAACACUAAGCGUGUGGAUCAUUCCAACACCCGCCUCGUCACCCAGCUGGACCGGAACCCCGGCGCUGACGACAACAACCUCAACUCCAUCUUCUACGAGCACUUGACGCGCUCUCUGCAGCACACGCUGUGCGGGGACCUGGUGCUGGGCCGCUGGGGCAACUACGGCCCCGGCGACUGCUUCGUCCUGGCCUCCGACUACCUCAACGCCCUCGUGCACCUCAUCGAGGUUGGCAAUGGCCUGGUCACCUUCCAGCUGCGUGGCCUUGAGUUCCGGGGCACCUACUGCCAGCAGCGGGAGGUGGAGGCCAUCACCGAGGGGGUGGAGGAGGACGAGGGCUGCUGCUGCUGCGAGCCUGGCCACCUGCCGCGCGUGCUGUCCUUCAACGCCGCCUUCGGGCAGCGCUGGCUGGCCUGGGAGGUGACGGCCAGCAAGUACGUGCUGGAGGGCUACAGCAUCAGCGACAACAACGCCGCCUCCAUGCUGCAGGUCUUUGACCUCCGCAAGAUCCUCAUCACCUACUACGUGAAGAGCAUCAUCUACUACGUGAGCCGUUCCCCGAAGCUGGAGUCCUGGCUGAGCCACGAGGGCAUCGCCACCGCCCUGCGGCCUGUGCGGGCCCCCGGCUACGCUGACUCGGACCCCACCUUCUCGCUGAGUGUGGACGAGGACUACGACCUCCGGCUUUCUGGUCUCUCGCUGCCCUCCUUCUGCGCCGUGCACCUCGAGUGGAUCCAGUACUGCGCCUCCCGGCGUGGCCAGCCUGUGGAGCAGGAUUGGAACUCACCGCUGGUGACGCUGUGUUUCGGCCUGUGCGUGCUGGGCCGCCGGGCCCUGGGGACCGCCUCUCACAGCAUGUCGGCCAGCCUGGAGCCCUUCUUGUACGGGCUGCACGCCCUGUUCAAGGGGGACUUCCGCAUCACCUCCCCGCGGGACGAGUGGGUCUUCGCCGACAUGGACCUGCUGCACCGCGUGGUGGCGCCUGGGGUCCGCAUGGCCCUGAAGCUUCACCAGGACCACUUCACGUCCCCUGACGAGUACGAGGAGCCGGCGGCACUGUACGACGCCAUUGCGGCCAACGAGGAGCGGCUGGUCAUCUCGCACGAGGGCGACCCGGCCUGGCGCAGCGCCAUCCUCAGCAACACGCCCUCGCUGCUGGCCCUGCGCCAUGUCCUGGACGACGCCUCGGACGAGUACAAGAUCAUCAUGCUCAACCGGCGCCACCUCAGCUUCCGCGUCAUCAAGGUGAACCGGGAGUGCGUGCGUGGCCUGUGGGCCGGGCAGCAGCAGGAGCUGGUGUUUCUGCGCAACCGGAACCCCGAGCGCGGCAGCAUCCAGAACGCCAAGCAGGCGCUGCGCAACAUGAUCAACUCCUCCUGCGACCAGCCGCUCGGCUACCCCAUCUACGUGUCGCCGCUCACCACCUCGCUGGCCGGCAGCCACCCGCAGCUGCGCGCGCUGUGGGGCGGGCCCGUCAGCCUGGGCACCGUCGCCCGCUGGCUCCUGCACAGCUGGGAGAGGCUUCACAAGGGCUGCGGCGCCGGCUGCAACAGCGGCGGCAACGUGGAUGAGGCAGACUGCGGUGGGGGCGGCCUGACCUCGCUCAGCAGUAACCCCCCCUUGGCACAGCCCACGCCCGAGAACGCAGCAGGCAGCAGUGACCAGCCCCUCCCACCGGGCCCUGGCUGGGGGCCACAGCCACCCCUGAGCUCUGGCUCCGGGGAUGGGCGGCCCCCCCCCUCGCUGCAGUGGCCUCCCCCUCGGCUCCCUGGAGCGCCCCCCGCCUCGCCUGCCCCUGCUGAGGGUCCCCGACCCUCACGGCCCCCUGGCCCUGGGCUCCUCAGUUCCGAGGGACCCAGUGGGAAGUGGAGCCUUGGAGGUCGGAAGGGGCUGGGAGGAUCCGAUGGGGAGCCAGCCUCAGGGAGCCCCAAAGGAGGCACCCCCAAAUCUCAGGCGCCUCUGGACCUCAGCCUCAGCCCGGACGCCUGCGCCGAGGCCUCGCCCCCCAGAGCAGCCCAGGACGCCCCUUGCUUGGACAGCGGUGUCGCUGAGAGCGGCACGCCCGCCGGGGCCCUGGCGGACUGGCCAGCCCCUGCCAAGGAGCGCGAGAGCCCGGCCGCCCAGCCCUUGUUGGAGCACCAGUACUGAGCGGCCGGCGCCCACCGGACCCUGUCCCUGACUCGGACCCAGCCCUCUGCAGCCUCUGGCCCUCUCUGCUGGACCACAGAACGGAGUGGCCUGGGCUCCCCCGUCUGAACCCUGACCUCUGGCUGUGUCAGCCAGAGUCCUAGAACUGACGGCCAGGACUGUGACCCCUGACCUCAUCCCUAGUCCUUGGCCUGGGCUCCCCAAUGUGAGGGGGUCGGCCUCCCAGCCAGGGCCUGGAGCCAAACCCGUGGGGCUGGUCCCACGUUGAGCCCCUGUGGACCGACUCAGCCCCUGGGCCUGCGCUGUCCGUGGGGCGGUCCUCGUGGCCAGGACCUGGGGCCGGACAUGUGGCAAGGGUGGUUUCUUUCUUUUUUUUUUUUUUUUUUGGUCAUUUUUUUUUCCUUUUUUUUCCCGUGCUUUGGAGACACCAGAAUUAAUAACACUAUUUUUGAUUUU